AUGGUUCCGUUUAUCGAAACGGACCCAUUUGACUAUGAGGAAUACUUUUCCAUCGCAGCACAAUUUUUGUACAAAUAUCAGUGGAUAUUCUGUUACAAUAACACCAAGUUUAUACGAUGCGGUGUCCUUGAACAAUUACCACGCGAAUGGAUAACCGAUCUGGAUACCACUUCGAACGAAGAGUUCAACGACAUACCUUUGGGAUUUAUCAAGGAUACAUGGUGUGAUUCGUUUCGAGACUUUUUGCGGCAAGUGAAAAGGCUUCAUGUGCAGUAUGACACGCACGAUAACAUCGAGCAACAUAACAAUCGCCACAAGCAAAAACGCAAAGGAAUCAACGCCAAAAAGGCUUAUGAAAUAGAUAAUCUUUGUAGCUUCAUAGAGUUGGACCAACUUCCUAAAGACGCUACAUUGUACAUCGACUUCGGUAGUGGUUUAGGUUAUCUGAGCGAACUUAUCCACGAACGAUGCGGUGCAAACGUACUUGGAAUCGAAGGAAAUGCAACACUUGUGCAAUCGUGUAAUGUCCGAUCUUCUGUUAAUGCAAGGAAAGCUGUACAAUAUUGUCACCACUACAUAACGGAUGAUUCUUUCGGUUUUAUCGAACAACAGUGUAGUGAUCGUUUUGAUAACCAUCCGCACCGUGCUGCUGUGGUUGGUUUGCACGCAUGUGCCGAUUUGUCCAUUACCGCCAUAAAUUGUUUCCUGCAGUGUACAUGGGUCAAAAGUCUCACCAUAAUGCCCUGUUGCUACCAUCGUAUGAAACCGUUGGACGAGAAAGCUCCAAAUGUGUUUCAAAACUUUCCACUUAGUCAAGAGCUUCGAACCAUACUGCUUGAUGGCAAACGGGAGAUAAUUUGUAAAUCUUUCUUACGGCUUGGCUGUCAGCAAACGUCUGCCCGCUGGAAGACACUCACAGUUGAUCAACAUCUCCAACACGGCCGGAUAAUGUUUCGCCGUGGGUUGAUUGAUGCCGUUUUAGAUCAAGAUGAAUCAGUGCGGAUCGGCAAGCUUGGACCAACGCUGGAAGAAAUAACCGUAAAAAACAUGUUGGAACAGUUUAAGCUACUUAAGCAGCUGGACGGCAGCACGCGGGAGUGUCCUUGGACGGAUCACCAUAAGGAUAGGAUGUCCGCUUUGCUGCAAAAGUAUGGACCUGAUGGUCCGAAACUGUCGGAAUAUUUAGAGUGCCUUCAAACUUGUUUACAGUCAAUCUGCGAGAACGUGAUACUGCUCGAUCGGAUGUGCUACAUGGAGAGCGUGGCCAACCGAUCUAGUUUAAAAAUGCGUCGCAAACUAGUACGACUCCCGGAUGAUGGACUGUCACCGCGUUGCUUUAUAUUUUACGCGUCGAAAGAUGAAUAA